CUUUUUUUCUCUGUUGCUCCUUUUGUGAUUUUCUUUGGGUGUUAUUAACUGAGUAUUUUUUAGCAUUCUAUUUUAGUUCCCAGUUGGCUUUUUGGCCAACCUUUCUUGCAUGUCUCACAUUGGAAUUGGAAGUAUCAGUCGUGCCAUUAUGUCUGACUAUUUGCGACCCCUUGGACUGUAGCCCACUAAGUUCCUGUGUCCCUGGAAUUCUUCAGGCAAGAAUAUGGGAGUGGGUAGCCAUUCCUUUCUCCAGGGGAUCUUCCUGACCUAGGGAUCGAACCCAGGUUUCCUGCAUUGAAGGCACUCUUUACUGUCUGAGCCAGGGCUCCUAAGGAUUGUAAUUUGCAUCUUUAAUCCACCAUUAUCUAUUUAAAAUUAAUGUAGUGCUUUGCAUAAGCUAUACACAGUCCUUGUAGCAGUAUAACUUUGUUCACGCUCUGCGUUGUCUUUUUUAUCUGAGGAUGUUAUUGACUGUACCAUCAUUUAUGCUGUAGGAUUUUUCUUUUUUAGUGGUGAAAGCUUUAUUGAUUAUUUGUGUGUUUCUCCUACUCAUCACCUGUGGCAGGCAUUUGCAGGAUGGCUAGGUAAAGACUUAAGUAUGCAGUCUGUAGCCACAGUAAUUAGAUCCUUGCUGCCUCCAUAAAGAGGAGAUGCAGAGCCACUUAGUCCAGUCAGGAGUUGAUGAGGAAGCCCUGACCCUGGAGAGGAUGUUCAUGCAGGGGCCGUCCAGCAGUGCGGACAGGAGGCUGCAGCGCUGGGGAGUGUACGUCUGCCCAGCCACAAUGUGAAGAUAGACAGAAACACAAGUGGAGGCAGAAUAUGGUUUGUUACCCUCUUGGCGUUUCUCAAAUUUAGCUGUUCACCAAUCUGUGUUUAAGCCUGUUGGGGGUAUUUAUUAAAAAUGAUCACUCCUGGGCCUCACUCCACACCUGCACGAUCAGGAUCUGAAUAUGAGACGUGGAGGGUCUGCCUUUUAGGGUGAGUGCUCCAGGCUUGUCCUAAACACAGCCAUGCGUGACCCACUCUCACUGUUUUGGCACUCUUCCCAUCAGCCCCUGCCUUUUUAGGGACCAGAACCCACAUUGUUCAUGUUUAUCUUUAAGAUUGACAAGUGUGCAACUGAUGAAACAAUUUGGUCAUAGUCAUAGAAUUCUAGAGCCUGCAUAAAGGCACCUUCCAGGUCAUGACAGCCAACGAUCCUAGAGGAGGAAACAGGCCAAAUGAUAGUGUCUGGGUGGUUUGACAACUGAUUCAUAACGCAGGAGGUACUUUGCUGUAACUCGUAGAUCAGAAUAACCUGGUAAAAUCUUUCUGUAUGUAAGAAAUUCUUUUCAUGUUUGGUAUUAUUUUUAGUCCAGCUUGACAAUCUCUGCCCUAUAAUUGGGGGUGUUUAGAGUGUGUGCACUCACUGUGAUUACUGAUAUGGUUCGAUUUUCCUCUCAUAUUGCUAUUUGCUGUUUGUCCCAUGUAUUUUUUUCUUCAUUUCAUCCUCUUUUUCUGCCUUCUUUUCUGAGUAUUUUCUAUGAUUCCAUUUAAUGGCCUUUAUUGGCUUACUUUAUGUUUCAGGUGGGUAUUUUUGGUGUUAAUAGCUGCCACAAAGUUUAUAAUUAGUGUGAUCCUGUGACUCAUUACCGUCAGUCUUCAUGUAUAUGUAUACAAUAUAUCUCACUCUUUUCCUGCCUUUGUGCUGUUGUAAUCUUACGUUUUGGACUUCCCAGGUGGCUCAGUGGUAAAGAAUCUGCCUGCCAGUGCUGCAGAUGCAGGAGACAUGGAUUCAGCCCCUGGGUCGGGACGAUCCCCUGGAGGAGGAAAUGGCAACCCACUCCAGUAUUCUUGCCUGGAAAAUUCUGUGGACAGAGGAACCUGGUGGGCUACAGUCCAUGGGGUCACAAAAGAGUUGGACACAACCUAGCAACUGAUUGGUGUGGAUGACUGCAGCUCAGAGUCUGAUGUGAUUGUUGUACCUUCAGCCCUGGACUUUGUCUCACAAGAUGACAUGCUGACGCCGCUGGGGAGACUGGACAAGUAUGCUGCGAGUGAGAACGUAUUUAACAGACAGAUGGUGGCCCGGAGUCUGCUGGACACGCUGAGGGAAGUGUGCGAUGAUGAGAGAGAGUGCAUUGCUGUUCUGGAAAGAAUCAGCAGAUUAGCUGAUGAUUCAGAGCCGACUGUGAGGGCAGAGCUGAUGGAGCAGGUGCCUCACAUUGCCUUGUUCUGCCAAGAAAACCGGCCAGCAAUCCCAUACGCCUUUUCAAAGUAUUUGCUGCCCAUUGUGGUUCGAUAUCUCGCAGAUCAGAAUAACCAGGUAAGAAAAACGAGCCAGGCAGCUUUGCUGGCCCUGCUGGAGCAGGAGCUGAUCGAGCGCUUCGAUGUGGAGACCAAGGUGUGCCCCGUCCUCGUGGAGCUGACAGCCCCCGACAGCAAUGACGACGUGAAGACGGAGGCCGUGGCCAUAAUGUGCAAAAUGGCCCCCAUGGUUGGCAAGGACAUCACGGAACGUUUGAUCCUCCCUCGGUUUUGUGAGAUGUGCUGUGACUGCAGAAUGUUUCAUGUUCGAAAGGUCUGUGCCGCCAAUUUUGGAGAUAUUUGCAGCGUCGUCGGCCAGCAAGCUACUGAGGAGAUGUUGCUGCCCAGGUUUUUCCAGCUCUGCUCGGACAAUGUGUGGGGCGUCCGCAAGGCCUGCGCGGAGUGCUUCAUGGCUGUUUCAUGUGCCACAUGUCAAGAGAUUCGACGGACUAAACUGUCAGCACUCUUUAUUAAUUUGAUCAGUGAUCCUUCACGUUGGGUUCGGCAAGCAGCUUUCCAGUCUCUGGGACCUUUCAUAUCUACAUUUGCUAAUCCAUCUAGCUCGGGCCAGUAUUUUAAAGAAGAAAACAAAAGCUCAGAAGAUACAUCAGUAGAAGACAAAAAUAGGAAUUAUCUUGAUACUUUCACUCUCUUUCCCAAACGAAGCAAUGAAAGGACCAGGGGUGAAGACGCUCCAGAGGACGUAGAGACCAGGCCCACUGUGGGUGAUUGCAGCGUCCGCCUGGAAGAUGCGCUGGCAGACGGCGCAGAGAGCCCAAGGCAGCCGCCCGGUGAACUGGGCGCUCCCGCGGAGAGCUCCUCACCUCUCCGGUCGUCCCCGGAGCCUCCCCUGUUGUCCCCGGAGCCUCCCCCAGACACGGCUGGCAGCGAAGAGGAGCAGAAGCCCUGUGCCUGCAGGUUAGCGUCCCGGCCGGAGGCGGGCACCGGUGCACAGGACUCAGCUCCCCUGGACCAGGAGCUGUACAACUCCUUCCACUUCUGGAGGACUCCUCUCCCCGAGAUAGACCUGGACGUGGAGCUGGAGCAGGGCUCCGGGAGCGAGCCUGGCCCACAGAGGCUGGACGUGGAGCCCGAAGUGCCCGCCUCCAGCUCUACCAGCAUCACCAUGGCCACCAGGAAGGAGCUGGAGGAGAUGAUAGAAAACCUGGAGCCACACAUUGACGACCCCGACGUGAAAGCACAGGUGGACGUCUUGGCUGCUGCCCUGCGCGCCUCCAGCCUGGAUGCCGGCGACGAGGCUGGCGAGGCCGCCCGGAGGACCCCCCAGGACGAGCUCCCCAGCUGCCGGCUUGACCAUGACACCGCUGGGCCUUUGAUCAGUGAGGAGACCAUGGACUCUGCCCUCCACUACAUUCACAAUGACUCAGACUCGGGCACCAGCAGUGGUUUCAGCCCUGAUGAGGAAAGGAGAGCUAAAGUCCAGGACGUGGUGCCUCAGGCCCUGCUUGACCAGUACCUGUCCAUGACCGACCCCUCACGGGCACAGACCGUGGACACCGAGAUCGCCAAGCACUGUGCCUACAGCCUGCCGGGCGUGGCGCUGACGCUCGGCCGCCAGAACUGGCACUGCCUGCGCGAGACCUAUGAGACGCUGGCCUCGGACAUGCAGUGGAAGGUUCGAAGAACGUUAGCUUUCUCCAUCCACGAGCUCGCAGUCAUCCUGGGAGACCAGCUCACAGCUGCAGACCUGGUCCCAAUUUUUAAUGGAUUUUUAAAAGACCUCGAUGAAGUCAGGAUAGGUGUCCUGAAGCACUUGCACGACUUUCUGAAGCUUCUGCACAUCGACAAAAGAAGAGAGUAUCUGUAUCAGCUUCAGGAAUUCUUGGUGACUGACAACAGUAGAAACUGGCGCUUCCGAGCCGAGCUGGCUGAACAGCUCAUCUUGCUCCUGGAGCUGUACAGCCCCCGGGACGUGUACGACUACCUGCGCCCCAUCGCCCUGAACCUCUGUGCAGACAAGGUGUCCUCCGUGCGCUGGAUCUCCUACAAGCUGGUCAGCGAGAUGGUGCGCAAGCUGCAUCAGGCGGCACCGCCCACCUUCGGGGCGGACCUCAUCCAGGAGCUGGUGGAGAGCUUCGGCCGCUGCCCGCGGUGGUCCGGGCGGCAGGCCUUCGUCUUCGUCUGCCAGACCGUCAUCGAGGACGACUGCCUGCCCAUGGACCAGUUCGCCGUGCACCUGAUGCCCCACCUGCUCACCUUGGCGAACGACAGGGUUCCCAACGUGCGCGUGCUGCUCGCGAAGACGCUGAGACAGACUCUGCUGGAGAAAGAGCACUUCCUGACCUCCGCGAGCUGCCACCAGGAAGCCGUAGAGCAGACCAUCAUGGCUCUGCAGAUGGACCGUGACAGUGACGUCAAGUACUUCGCCAGCACCCACCCGGCCAGCACCAGGAUCUCCGAAGACGCCCUGAGCACAGCCUCCUCCACCUACUAGUUGGCGUGGUCCCGGGGGCCUUCCACUCCCGGGGAGCCGAGGUCCCGCUGGUGCCCACGUGUGGCCGGGGACAGCCUCGGGGCCCGUCCUCCCGCGACACUCGGCUGCAGGUGCAAGUUGCCUACACCGAUUCCAGGGAUUCUCAGAGUCAAGAGAAAGUAUAGUCAACGCGGUUGUCUCGUCUUGACUUGAAGGGAAAACACUUUUCUCAGAGGAUUAUAAUCGUCACCGAAGCCUUAAAUCCUUCCGUCUUCCUGACUGAAUGAAACUUGAAUCGCCCAGCGUUCUCCUCGGAAGGGAUGCGACGCCGAGGCCCCUUUGCUUCCUGCUGGUUGAUCUCACCACCGCAAGACCACGAGACGGAAGCGCAGCCAGAAGGCGGAGACCGCCAGCCGGGCUGGGCUGAGACUGCCAGCACCAGGCCUCGCCAUGUCCACGAGGGCAGGGCCCUGCGGAGGCUGUGGCCGCCGCCCUGUCCAGCCCGAAGUGUGACUAGUUUAGCCGUGCAUAAACAGGGAGGAGAUAUUUUUUGGAUUUCUCCUGAGGGCUCAAUGCUAACACUACGUGGAGCUGAUUGUGACUCUUAAAUGCAGCAUAUUGCUGUGCAUACUCACAGAGUCUGCUGAGCGUCUGUGUCCUGGUUUCUUCAUGCUGGUCAUGACCCGGAGGAAAUUUAUUAGCACGUAUUCUGUAUGUCAGGUGUUUUUAACUUGAUCAUGAUCGGCUCUGAGGUGCAACUUGUCUCACAUACUGUAUACCCCCGUGCCCCCGGGGAGGGCCGCAGUCUGUAAUCAUGCUCUUGGACUGUUGUGCACAAGUUCUCUUGUCCAAAUAAAAUUUAUUACUAAGAUCUAUACAGAGAUGGACACACUUCUGACUGCUUUCUAGAAUAAAUGCAAUUUGUGACCUGUAUUAAUGAUUUUAGUAUAAAAUGGGAAAACUGGAUUAAAAUAUUUGUCUUUUAA